AUGCAAGUGUGGAGCCCAGUCCCUACUGACAUCUACAAUACAACUCUUUCACCUAAGCUCCAGGUAUCCUUUUGGAAGAAAAAAUUCUCACAAUCGGCUGAAGAUCCUUCUAGUAGUCACACGGGUCUAAAGAUUCGGGUGAGCAACAGUGGAUCAGGUUCUGCCUUUGAGGAAUACAGCCGUAGUGAGGACUCUUGGAGUAAGUUUAAAUCAAAGCGUCCAAACAGUGUCAGCAGUGAGGACUUCCAUGAAGAAAGCAGUAGUGAAAUGAGUAGUUCUGGCAGCAAUUUCGGUCUCAGAAUGAGAGGAUCUCAAGGAGAAGAAGGAAGAAUGGGUUCCUUUAAGACCAAAGUCAAGACCCGGAUGAGCGGCAAAUAAUAUGUUCCCUGGCCCACCGGAAACUAGAGUCAAUAUGCAGGUUGUCCUCAUUCCCUGGGCGUCACUGAACUGAGAGAAGUCUAUGAUGUCUUCAGGAUCCAGGCUCCCGUGGGGCCUAGAAACAACCCGUGCUUCUCAUUUCCUCCUCAUGCUUGUUCUCCUUAAGAUUCCUAAACCUGACACUAUUCAAAUUCAGUCUUUUCAAUAAAAAAAAGAUCCU